AUGCAGGACACCAGCACAGACACUGAGGAUCCUGCUAUUGAGGGAGAUACUGAAGUCGAGGAGAUUGGGACAGAGGAGCCACACUCUUCUGGAGCCAUGCCAACAGCUGAAAUUGCAAUUCAAACCGAAGUAGAGCUGCAAAACCGUGCCACUCAAACGUACGACAGAGAUUUUCCAUCUCAGAAAAAAGCAUCAAGGUCAAGGGGAACCUGUACUUUGGGCCUCAAAUCUGGUUCGGACUUCGGACAACAGACUGCACUCCUCACCACAACGAUCGGGACAUCGUACGAGCCUCUUCCCAUAGAUCUUGAUGAAGACAGUGAUCAUUCCGAAGAUCAGUCUGGUGAUGAGUCAGAUGAUGAUCCUGACUGGCAUUUUUCAUGUGAAGAUGCAACAACAGACCAGGAUGAUGGAGACACAGAUGAUGACAAUACUGUGAAGAAAGAACUUUAUGCAGAUGCCUCGCCUCUGGAAGACCAAAAGUUCCUGGUCUAUGGCAGUUGCCUGCUGAAGUUGCUGGCCAUCUGCUCUGUGUGUUUCGCCACUUGUCGGGUCCAGCUCAAGCGCGUCAUUGGGAGCAUGGUGGUGUUUGAACAGUUGUGUGCACAUGGCCACUCUAAGGUAUGGGACUCCCAACCAUGCUAUGGAACAAUGCCUGCAGGAAACCUUCAGAUUGCUUCAGCCAUUUUGUUUGGAGGGAACAGCUCUGUGAAGAUUCUGAAUUUGUUUCGAUACAUGAAUAUCCCAGCCAUAUCUCUGCGAACAUAUUCCCUGCUCCAAACCUCGUACCUGAUUCCUGCUGUUGAAAAUGUGUGGAAAAGAAAACAACAACAUCACCUGGCAGCGUUGAAGGAUCGGCCAGCUAAGUUAGGAGGAGACGGUCGCUGUUGUUCGCCUGGUCACACUGCAAAGUAUGGCAGCUACACCUUGAUGGACCUGACUAACUCCAAAGUGCUUGACACACAGCUAAUACAGAGCAAUGAAGUCAGCAGCUCAAACGCCAUGGAGUUGGAGGGACUGAAGAGGGGUCUUCAAAAGCUGAAGGAUGAAGGUGUCACCAUAGCAUCAAUCACCACAGAUCGGCAUGGUUCUGUGAAGAAAUAUAUGAGGGAGAAGGAGCCUUCAAUUGAACACUGGUUUGAUGUAUGGCAUGUAGCUAAAGGGAUCCGAAAAAAGAUUGAUGCCAAAGGGAAGAGGAAGAUCCUGAACAUACUGCUGAUGUGGUCCAAGUCCAUCAGUCACCACGUCUAUUGGGUGGCAUCAACCAGCCAAGGUGACGGACCAUUGGUUGUUAAGAAGUGGCUGUCGCUGCUCAACCAUGUCAUCAAUGUCCAUACUGGCCAUGGACAGCUCUUUCAAAGCUGUGUACAUGGUCCACUGGAACAAAAUGAUGAACGAGACUGGCUUAUCAAAGGUUCUAAACCCUACAAAGAGCUGGAGCUGAUCGUCAAAAGCAAGCUGCUGUUGAAGGACAUCGCUCGCCUGUCGCCUGCAGAACAAACGUCGUCUUUGGAGUCGUUUCAUAAAGUGAUUUUAUUCUUUGCACCCAAGAGCGUGCAUUUCCCAUUCACUACUAUGGCUGCCAGAGUACAAUUAGCCGGACUCCACUUCAAUGAAAAUUCUGCACGGACUCAAGCUAUGACGCAGACCGGGAAACACAUGUGGGGCGUGUCGUUUCUGAAGGCCAGGAGGGGAGAGCCAGUCAUCAAAGCAGUCAAAGUUACACCAACUUUCGCUUAUGUGCAAGAACUGAUGGGAGAGGUCGUUGAGCUGCGGAAUACUUACCCUACCUACAAGAAGGCCGAAGCUCUGAGGUCAAACAGAGAAAUCCCACCCCCAAUUGCGUCAGCAUUUUAAAAACCUAACAAGCUUGUGCUUGUUGGAGUACAGAGGAGCAGGAGUCGCUUUAAUAAAUAAAUGGUGACAUCUGUGGUGACCACACACACACACAUACACUGGGUUACAUAAUCCACACAUGGAACUACA